AUGAACGCAGCCCGCUUCCUCCGCCGUCCCGCAACCUUCGCCCUCCGGCCCUCCUUCGUCGUCCCCAACUCCUCCUUCUCCGCAUUCAACAUUGCCCGCACAAUGGCUACCGCCGCCAAGAUCAAGGUCAAGAACCCCGUCGUCGAGCUCGACGGCGACGAGAUGACCCGCAUCAUCUGGCAGACCAUCAAGGACAAGUUCAUCCACCCCUACCUCGACAUCGACCUCAAGUACUACGACCUCGGCCUGCCCUACCGUGACGAGACCAACGACAAGGUCACCCUCGACGCCGCUGAGGCCAUCAAGAAGUACUCCGUUGGUGUCAAGUGCGCCACCAUCACCCCCGAUGAGGCCCGUGUCAAGGAGUUCAACCUGAAGCAGAUGUGGCUCUCCCCCAACGGCACCAUCCGUAACCACCUCGGCGGUACCGUCUUCCGCGAGCCCAUCGUCAUCCCCCGCGUUCCCCGCCUGGUCCCCGGCUGGAAGAAGCCCAUCGUCAUCGGCCGUCACGCCUUUGGCGACCAGUACCGCGCCAAGGAUGCCGUCCUCCCCGGCCCCGGCACUCUGAAGAUGGUCUACACUCCCGAGGGCGGCGAGCCCCAGGAGAUCGAGGUCUACAAGUUCAAGGAGGGCGGCGGCGUCGCCCAGACCCAGUACAACACUGACGAGUCCAUCACCGGCUUCGCCCACGCGUCCUUCAAGCUCGCCAUCCAGAAGGGCCUGCCCCUCUACAUGUCCACCAAGAACACCAUCCUCAAGAAGUACGACGGCCGCUUCAAGGACAUCUUCCAGGAGCUCUACGACACCCAGUACAAGGCCGAGUUCGAGGCCAAGGGCAUCUGGUACGAGCACCGCCUCAUCGACGACAUGGUCGCCCAGAUGGUCAAGAGCUCCGGCGGCUACAUCAUGGCGCUCAAGAACUACGACGGCGACGUCCAGUCCGACAUCGUCGCCCAGGGCUUCGGCUCCCUCGGCCUCAUGACCUCCGUCCUCAUCACGCCCGACGGCAAGACCUUCGAGUCCGAGGCCGCCCACGGCACCGUCACCCGCCACUUCCGCGAGCACCAGAAGGGCAAGGAGACCUCCACCAACCCCAUCGCCUCCAUCUUCGCCUGGACCCGCGGCCUCAUCCAGCGCGGCAAGCUCGACGACACCCCCGAGCUCGUCGCCUUUGCCGAGUCCCUCGAGAAGGCCUGCGUCGACACCGUCGACGUCGACGGCAUCAUGACCAAGGACCUGGCCCUCGCCUGCGGCAAGACCGCCCGCGAGGACUACGUCACCACUAACGAGUACCUCGACGCCGUCGAGCGCCGCAUGAAGAACAUCCUCAAGCAGAAGCUGUAA